AAAAAACGUAGGGGCACUUGUCCUCCGGUGCCUCCUCCCGAAUUCGCCGCUUGCCCCAAAUCCGCACUGGGCAGCAAGGGGAAAGGCCGCCGCUGGUGGCGUUGGGAGCUAUGGAGGCCUGGAGGGAGUGAGCUCGUGAGGGGCAAGCGGGAGAAGCAAGGGGGAAAGCCGCUGCUGCUGCGGCCGCAGGGGAAGAAGGGGCACUCGAGAAGGGCUCUGCGACGGGGCAGGCUGCCUCUGCAGAGGAACAAGUGGCUGCCGCUUCGGAGAGGGGAAGGGGAGCAGCCGCUGCGGUGGGAGAAGGAGAGCUGCCGAUUAAUCCUUUCUCUCUGUUGCCGGUUUGUGUGGUACCCUACUAACCCAAUCCAUCCACCCUCAAUUAGGCUGCGACAAUUAUCGGCAGGAAAAUGGUCCAACUCUUUCUGCAAGUGCGUGCGGAUGAAGGUAGCGUCAAUGCUGAUGCUGUUAAAGCGAGGAGAUCUCUUCUAGACAAGGCUGAGUCUAUAAUCAAGUCUGUUGUAAGGUCUGGAUGCCGGUAUGAGGCUCGAUUGUGGCUGUGCAGCACCAUCUCGUCCAUCCAUGUGCUCGAUCCACGUGACCAGCGGGACCUGUUCCUUGAUCUAUUGGAUAUGAAGGACUCAAGACAGGAUGUCGCUACUCUCCUUCUCCGGAUGAUUUUCAACAAGAAGCCUGACAAGGCCGGUUCUGUUCUGGCAAAGAAGUGCCAUAUGCUGGAGAAGUUCUUCCAAGGAAAUCCAGAACGGAUAAUGCAAUGGUUUAGCCACUUUGCUGCUACCGGGGAAUCGACACACAAAAAAGGUGCUAGGGGACUUGCUCAGUUUGCAUUUGUGAAUCGUGAUGUUUGCUGGGAGGAACUUGAGUGGAAAGGUAAGCAUGGACAGUCUCCUGCUGUCGUUGCUACUAAGCCUCACUACUUUCGCGAUCUUGAUGUUCUCCAGACAGUGGAAAAUUUCCUUGAGUAUGUCCCAGACUUCUGGUCUUCUGUAGAGCUUGCUGAUUGUGUCAAAGAUGGUGAAAUACUGCAAAUUGAUACAGAAUACUUUGUAGAUCAGUUUGUCUAUUUGAUGUAUGAAGAGAAUUUCAGAGAUGCAUGGCAAGUAGUUGAAGAUUUUUUGAUGGAGGAGCAGUUUUCCUGUCUUUCUCAGCAUCUUCUUAUUCAUCUUGAUGAACAAAGGCUUUUUGGGUUCUUAAAAGCAUUAGGGAAACUCAUCAGUCUGAAUGCACAGUGCAAAGAAUUAGCAUUCCCCUGCUGCUGGCUUGAGGUUCUUUUGUCGGCACAUAUUAAUCAGAUAUCUCUUGAUGAACUUAUCCUAUUGAACUGUGUCACUACCAAGGGUAGACAACUUUGGCGUCUUAUGAACGACGAAGAGCACGAGGAGGAACGAGGGAGGAUGGACGAGCUUACAAAGAGCACAAAUCACUUGACUGAUGCUGAUCAUUUUGCUCUCAUAAAGGAAUUCAUGGGUACAAAAUUCCCUGAUGCACUUAAGUGGAUAGGCAUCCAGUCCUGGGUUAUUUUCUGUGAUAUGUCAAAAGAGUGCAAAUCAGCUGGUUCCUGUGAAUCUCUGUUCACUGGUAACAAUAUAAAAUUCCGUAAGGCUUAUGAUUACUCAUUGGUUCAAAAUGAUGGGCACUCAGUUUCGCAUACUGAUGACAAGGAUCUCACUAGAAGUAGUCAUAAAAGAAAGAGAGAUAGGAAGAGAAGAAGCCAUAAAUAUGAUUCUGAGGAGGAUAAUUAUGAUCAGCUGUUUGAACUUGGAUCUUUCAAUGGGAAGAGGGCUAUUGAAUCACAAUAUGGGAGCUGGUACCUGUCAACUGAUGACUUCUCUGCUUCCUGGGACAUUGCAGACAUACCAGAUCACCUUUCUACUCAUUAUCUCAGGGUAUGGGUGAAGUGGGCUUGCUUUAGAUGACCCUCCUCCCCAUGACCUUUUCUAGUGAAGUACUCUUUGAACAUGGAGCUGUAUCAGAAGAUGGAGCAUGUGCGAUAUUUUGGUCAUAUAUCCUGAUGAUUCAUGCAUUGGGGUGUGUUCACUGCGUGGGCGGGUAUGAGACCCCAAGAACAAAUUCUCUCUAGUUUGUCCUUCUAGGUUGAACGCCAAUGGAAAAUUCCGGCUGCAUGUACAUUUUGAAAUAGCUGUUUUCCCCUGGAAAUAAUGUUUUCGAUAUUUUAGACUUCUCAGUGUUGACUACAGGGUAUACUAAUCACGCAUUUCGAGUUGCAACUUUGACCGAUGUAGUUUGUGUGCCACAAAAAUUAUACCAUUGAAUGUGUUAAGUUUGUGACGGUGUAGUUUCUGUGCCA